GUGUGUGUGUGUGUGUGUGUGUGUGUGUGUGUGUGUGUGUGUGUUUACCUGUAUUUUGCUGCAUGGCUUUGUCUGUUUAGUGAACAGGAAUAUUUAUUAGUGACCAUUUUUCUUGUGUGGAUUUUCCUGUCAUUGUGCAUGGUUUCAGUGUACAGGGCACAAUUCAACCAACCAUCCAUUAUACGGGAAAGCAAGCGACAAGUUUAGCGUGCGUGUGGUCACGUGACAUUGAAGUCACGACAAGGAGCGCGCACAAGUUCAAGUUGUUUGCUAGCAGCUGAGUGUGAUGUCGGGAAGUUUAGACUUGACGAGCGAACAUCAGAAUAUGAGUGAGAAGGUUGCUGAAGAGAGACAAUCAUGGUUAGAUCGUAUUUCGAGACUGAAGACUGAGAUUAGUGUCAUAGAAGGAGAACUGGAAGAGAAAUGGGCGGUGCCACUUGACACAUCCGAUCAAAGCAUUAGAGCCAUCAUACAACAGUUGGAAUCUCAAGAUGUCACUGCUACAGGAAUCGUACCAGUCGACGAUUCAAGUGAUGACGAACAGACGGUUCAGCAACUUAAAACAAGGGCGGCUUUGAUGUCUGCUAUGACUGGUAUCACGUUCACAUCGGUUUCCUGUCGAACUCUAGAGGAAGACGGAACUAGCGCUCAACGGCAGUAUGAAGUUGGAGGCAGUUGUCAUGGCAGGCAAUUCAAUUUGCAGUUUCUUGUCAGAGAAAUGGAGGUGGUGAGAGACACUGCCACUUGUAAUCUUCUUCCUCAGUUAUCAAUGGAUGACGUCUCGAAAACAUUCGUUCAAGGCCAAAUCCGAAAACUAGAAAUCUCCGUUGACGAGUCUCUUGAACAUCAUUUGGAAGAAUUCAUCAGUGUAGUUGAAAAGGACAAUGCACCUCAAAGGUUCUUUCAAGUUUUUGAAGCAUACACUGCCAGUUGUGAUACGAGAGAUAAACUUUUCCAUCACUUACAGGCUAAAUAUUCAGGCAUUAUCAGAAUUGCAAGCAAUGAUGAUGAUGACCAUCCAAUAUUGGUCAUUGAUAUUCCAUCAAGUAGCAGUUUAUCUUUCAAGCUACAUUGGAUUCCCGAAAUUCUGACGUCAACAGAUGAAGUACAUCCACGUGUGCAUUUUCAAUGUACCACACCAGACGAUUCGACAUUCUCACGGGAAGAAAGGCGAUUGCUAACCAACAUUCCAGAACAAUUUCACUUGCUAACGAAAGAAGUGGGAGCCGAGUCGGCCGUCAAGACAGUCAUUGGGAAACUGUUGUAGUGUAGGUCUACUCUACUGUUAUAUGUACAGUUAAAUGUAGAACUCAGUAAAAUAAAACGUUUAUAUGCAAUGCGAUAGAAAUCUGCAGACAGUAAGUAGACAGUUGAAUUGUCUACGAACACUGUACAAUACAGUAUGAGUAGUUGUAAAUGCCAACUGUUUUAUUAAUUAGUUAAAAACAAAUCAUGCCUAUACAACCACCUACCAAAGCUGUGAUGAUGUGAUUUCUGUCUGUUUAGUCAGUUCAACACAAUGCAUUGCUGGGUACAGUACCUUCACUAUAAAGUGUUUAUUAUUACCUACACGUGAAACACUAAAAUUUUGUAAGUACGUGUACACUGUACAGUAAUGUGUGCCUGUCACGUGACUAAAUAAAUGUCCCGUAUGUUCAAUAUAGUGGACAUAUCCAAUCAAGCUGCC